AUGAACAAGAGGCAGAGAAGCAUCACCGACUGCACUUCCGGCCAAGCCGCCGCCAUUUCCUCCUCCCACGACCCUUCCUCCAGCCACUACUCCUCCAACGGCGGAAGCACGGAGGAGGAAGAGGGCAUGUUCACAAGGAGCUUGUGCCUUUCCUACGGCUCCAUCUCCGUCAUGGGACGGCGGAGAAACAUGAAAGACGCCGUCUCCCUAGCGAAAGUAGAUUCGUACCAGUUCUUCGCCGUGUACGACGGCCACGGCGGCUCCUCCGUCUCCAAAGCCUGCCACGACCGCCUGCACCACCUCCUGGAGCAGGAGCUGGAGCAAUGGAAACUCGGCGGCAAGGGAGCGGUCGAUUGGGAGAAGGUCAUGGCCGCGUGCUUUACCAAAAUGGAUGAGGAGGUCGGCGGCGAAUCCGGCAGUACCCCCGCCGACGACGAUACGGACACAAAUUGGGGGAACACGGUGGGGUCCAGCGCGGUGGUGGUGAUGGUGGGGCAAAAUGAGGUCAUCGUGGCCAAUUCCGGAAACUCACGUGCCGUCCUCUGCCGUGACGGCGUCGCGACUCCCCUGUCACGUGACCACAACCCGGACCUCCCUGACGAGCGGGAGCGGGUGGAGGCGGCGGGCGGGAGAGUGAUCAAUUGGAACGGCUACCGCGUUCUGGGAGUUCUGGCGACGUCGCGGUCGAUAGGCGACCACUACUUGAAGCCGUACGUCAUAUCGGAGCCGGAGGUGACGAUCAGCGAGAGGACGGAAUGCUGCGAUUUUCUGGUGAUCGCGAGCGACGGACUUUGGGAUGUCGUAACGAAUGAGUGCGCGUGCCAGGUGGUGAGGAGGUGCCUGGAUGCGCAGACGAAGAGGCAUUUUUCGGAGGGGAUAAGCGGCUCGAGCGCGGCGCCGGCGAAUGCGGCAGCGCUGCUGGCGCAGCUGGCUUUGGCGCGAGGCAGUAAAGAUAAUAUUAGUGUUAUCGUAGCUGAGCUUGGUUGA